CACGUACAGUUGUAACACAGCAACAUGGCUGGAAGAGUUGGGGAGAUGAAUCCAAAUGACUUCAGGAUCAUUCGUGAGAUCUACGAAAAUGACAGUGCACCAGAAGAUUUUGAGAAUGAACUAGACCGUGCCUUGGAGGACUGUGUGAGCUUUAUCAUUAUAGAACCAACCAAACUCGGGGAUGAGACUGCACGCUGGAUUAAAGUUGGGAACUGUUUGCACAAAACCUCGCUUCUGUCAGGGGUGUGUUGCUUGGCUGUUGGCAAGCUGUGGCCUCAGGUUGGCAGUAUCCUGACGUGUCCAUUGGGGGUGGUCAGUGUUAUGUGUGCUGGUCUUUACAUGGCUUCAUGGCAGUAUGACCCGUGUUGUAAAUACCAAGUGGUCACUGACCCCAGAAAACUACAGGGACUCCCUCUUUAUGAUCUCACCUCACCGUCCUAUGUGGCUCUGGAAAGAAAAGACGAUACUGCACGAAAAAUUCUCCACACAAUAGUUGCCUUGGCAGCUGGAGGGUUCUGUUUAUGGAAACUUUCCAAGUGGUAUUCUUCUUAUUCUUAUGUGGAUGAGAUUGAUCUUUGAUUCAACUAAUUGUUUAGUAAUUGUUUUGUAAUCUUCUGUGGUCUUUUGGCAAGGACAUCAUUUUUAUAUUUUAGUGAAAACUAAUAUUCUGAGGACAUUCAUGUGAACUGGAUAGACUUCUGGUUUACUGUGACACAUUCUCAACAUUGGAUCUGUGCAGAAAGACGUUAACUUGUCAUUGUCACCCCGAACAAGGAAUAUAUUUAACAGUUUACUAUUUGAAAAAUAUGAGACGGAAGACUAACCUACUGUAAGGAUCUUUGUGCACUUCACAAAGUUUACCUACUGUACUGAUCUAGCAGAAUGCCAGUUUACUUGAGAGUUGUUCCACCUGAAUGGUGCAUGAAACUUUUCAUGGUUUGCUCUGCUCUCAAACUGCUGUUUAAGUCUUCCAGACCACUGCAUGAAGUGUCAGAGUGACUGUUUUAACUGGACUAAAGUUUUAAUAGCUGUGUAAUUAUCAUUUUAAAGAGGUUUCAAACCAUACUGUAUGUGUGAAGUGUGAAAUUUGUCAAAGAGUCAUUUAUAUGAGCAAGAAUGCCAGUCACUGAUGAUGGGAGAGGGGACAAUACUUCAUGACAUCAAUGUCCUAGUUGUUCAAUACUUUAAGAAGUCCAUAUGUACAAAUGUAGUUAAACAAUAUGGCAAUUUGGUAUAUGCAGUGUUCUUAUGAGGACUUAUGGUAUGGAUGAUAAUUGAUCUAUACUUGAUAAACUAUCCUCAUCAAUGUUAGUAUGUAAUCUGUUGAUUUAAUGCAACAUUUUUUUGCACUAAAGGAUGGUCUGGCAAAGGGGCCUGAGAGUUAAGUAAUCAAUAGCACCGUGAAGCCUGGAGUGUGUUUCAAAUACUGUGAUACAGCACAAAAAUGGCCCUUUAGCACAUGACACAUUUGCAAUGUUUGAUUUUAGUUAAUAAAUUAGAACUGAACAGUUUUGAAGCUUUGUGGCUUUCACUUUUAUUUUUGUUUUUAACGCAAGUAUAAUUUUUUUAAAUUGUGAAAAUUGAGCAACCACCUUAACUAGCAUCAUCUUGAAAUGAUGACUGCCACAGGAUAGUGUGCAGCAGGUUAAAUAAUUUAAAUAAUGAAAAUCAAUGUACUCUUGAA